AUGGCGGCCAGCAUUAUUGUAGCCGGGCGGAAACGGGCAGAGGCCCGGAGGAUAACCGCGCCCAUCAACAGGUUGCUAGACCUUCUUCACACGGUUGUCCCUGUUCUAAACAAGACUCAAGCCGCAUUACUGCUGAUCGUCGGAUUUGGUGGCUUUUCCCUCUUCUUGGCUGUACUCUACAAAACCAUUCGCAGACGGGUUUUCCAUGACGUUAACAAGCUGGACUCCACCUUUGACGCCGGGGGUAACAUAACAUGGAGCCUGACCGCAGUCACUGUAGCCUCUCAGUUCUUCUGGCCUGGGGAUAUUCUACACAGCGUCACACUGACCGCAAAGAUAGGUGUGGCCGGGUCGUUCUGGUACUCUGUAGGGGUGUUGGUGAAUAUUCUGUUAUUCCCGGUAUUCUCCGUCAGCUUAAAGACAAGAGCUCCAGGAGCCAAAACCUAUUUACAGAUAUUCCGUGUUCGGUUUGGCCGCCCAGCUCACAUCGUGUUUUGUGGCUUUGCCUUGGUUACCACUACCAUGAUCAUGACAUCAACUCUGCUGGCGGGAAAGGCCAUGAUACAGUCCUUGGUGGAGGACGUUUCCGAUGAAUUUGUCCUCAUGACCAUGGCCUUUCUCUUCGGUUCUUACUCCCUCGUCGGUGGCCUGGGAACAACAUUUUAUGUCUCCUACUUCAACGCCUGUCUCGUGUUUAUAAUCCUAAUAACCUUUGCUGCCAAGAUCGUCUACUUUCCUCCGGAGGACCUCGAUGUUUCCCGGACCAAACUCGGUAACAUAAGCGCCAUCUAUGAUACCUUAGUGUGUUUGGAAGGUCCAGAAGGAAACACGGAGCGGAGUUAUCUCACCUUUCAGUCGUCGUUGGGGUUCCUCUACGGCACGCUGUCUGUCCUGUUAGGAACAGCCACCACGUUUUGCGACCAGGCGUUAUGGCAGAGCCGUAUUGCCGCCAAACCUUUGCCAGGAGUUUGGGGCUUUCUGGUUGGAGGAUUAAUAUGGUUCACUGUCCCAAUGACAAUGGCGUCAGCGACGGGUAUAAGUUACUUGGUCCUCUCUUAUGAAAACGGCAAUCAUUUGCUGACACCAAAUGAAAUCAAUGAAGGACUAGCCACCCCACUUGUGGCAGAACGGAUUUUAGGACAGGCUGGUGGCGUAAUGAUCCUCACCAUGGGAACAAUGGCUCUCAUGUCAACCGGAAGUGGCGAGGUCAUGGGAUUGUCUUCCAUCAUCAUCUAUGACAUUUACCAGGUGUAUAUAAAGCCUUUCAGAAAAUACCUUUAUGAAACUCAAUGUAUCUUGUGUGGGAAGACCCAGAAAGGGCUGGAAAAAAUAGAGCAAAAUGACCAUUCCAGUCAUAGUUAUUCUGAGGAAGACACUUGUUGUUGUACACCGGUGGAGAAAUGUGAAAGGUGUGCCCAAGACGUUGGGAAGCUUCAAUCUGGAGAGACGCUUGGAUACAACCAGACGUACAUGUGCUCCGUCCACGGGCCUUAUAGGGCUUAUCAGGAUCACUUAGUGCAGACAAAGGACUGGUGUAUCCUUUUCGUAACGAUCUCCUUGGUGCCAUUUGGACUGCUCAUCUUUGGGACAGGGAUCGACUUGAACUGGAUGUUCUACUGUGGUGCUAUACUAACUAUACCGUGCUUCAUUCCUGUGAUAUUCGCAAUCGUCUGGGCUAAAGCCACCUGUACUGGGCUAAUUUCUGGAGCGUUGGCCGGUUUGAUAUCUGGGGUUACCUCAGCGUUGAUAGCAGCCAGCACUCUGGAGGGAGGUCUCACGGAAUUCCUCCUGAACACAGCUCACGAAUUCACCAUCACCGUCGGGUGUUACACCGCCUUUCUCGUCUCUCUGCUUGUUUGUGUGAUAGUCUCGCUCCUUUCACACAACAUCAAAAGUGGUCGGGACGCCUUGGUGGAAUGGGAAAAGACACACCAGAUUGACAACCCUCUUAACCCGUGGCAUCUGAAUUUUAGACAGGAACUUGAGGGUGCAGACUAUACCUACAGACCAAGCCUUGAGCAACUGGCCCGCGCCUUUAAACCCGCCCGGUACUCAGCUAUAAUCGGUGGCCUGGCGCUCGUUGUACUGGGGAUAGGGGUCAUGCCUGGAGUGAUGAGCAUAUUUCCGGUGUUGAGCUUGACAGAAUUCACUGGUUGGAUGACGUUUUGUCACGUGUGGGCUGUCGUCAUGGGAAUAGUGGUAGUGUUUGUGGCUCCUAUCGAAGAAAUUGUUAAGGUUGUAAAACAAAGACAGAUGAAUAAGCGUAAAUUGACUACAAAAGAACAGGGUAAAGAUCCUGAUUUGUCAACUAUUUGUCUAAAUGAUUCAAACUAA